GAGCAGGUCACGUGAUCACACGCCCACACUUUUCAAACGCCAUGUUGCAGAUCUCCUCAGUUCAGUUUGAGUGGUUUUUCCCCCCGCAGAAUGUCCAGUCCUAGUCUGACUGAGAUGACUGACACCAUGGAGGCUGAGAUGAAGUCAGAUGCUACAAAUGAAUCCAUCCAUGACACAUCCACUAAAGAGGAGCAAGAUGAGUCAGGCUCACACAAACCCAAGAGCAGGAUAUUUUCAGGGGAAAUCAUUGAAGGAAAACGAGAGAAGAAGACAGUCCAGAGACUUAAUAUGCAGAUGGGUAAACCAAAAGAAAAGCUAAAAAUUGAGAGUAUUGGCCACGGGGACAAAUUGGGAGACAUUGCUCGUGUGAAUCACGCCAUCGGAAAGCUCAAAGCCCCACAGCUAAAACCUCUUCACAAGAUUAUAUACGAUCGUCCAGGAGCAGUAUCUUCACUAAGGAAACACCUUCGAUUGUUCAAUGGAUUUCCAUUUGAGCUCGACAGUGACCCUUACAACAAAAAGAAGGAAAAAGUGUUAAAACUUCCUAAAAUACAACUCAGGACUAUUUGCCAAAUUCUUGAUCUUGAGAGAAGUGGCACUCAGAGUGUUCUGGUUGAUAGGAUUAUGCAGUUUCUCAUAAACCCCACAAAUUCAGGCAAGCCAGUAAUCCUGAAAAAGAAAAAAAAGAAGAAAACUACAAAAGAUGCCAAAAGAGAGAAGAAAACUUCAUCUAAGAGCAAGCAGCAGCAAUUAGAAAGUGGAAAGUCUAAAGCAAUCGUUACUGAUUCCAGCAGCGACGACGCUGAUGAAGAAGAUGAAGAUAAAAUUAAAAACAAGGAUGGUGAAAAGUCAGACAGUCAAAAACAUGAAGGUGAUGAAAGCAUGUCUGAAGAAGAGGAGGACAUUGAUUCAGAUGAAGGACCAGAAGAUGAUAAGGAUGAUGAGUCACCAAAGUCCAAGCAAACCAGUAGUAAAAAGAAACUCACCACGAAGAAGGCUGAUGAUUCUGACCAGGCUGUGUCAGAUGAAGAUGAAGAUGAAGAAGAUGAUGAUGAUGAUGAUGAUGAUGAUGAUGAAUCUGCUGAAGACACACCUCCAAAAAAGGUUAAAAAGAAACCAGCUCCCCAGAAGAAAGUGAAGGCCAAACCCGCUCCUAAAACAAAGAAAGCAGACAGCAGUAGCAACAGGAAGAAAAAUGCUGCAAGCAAGACCAAAUUGAAGAUUGAAAGCUCAGAUGAUGAUGAUGAUGAUGAUGAACCUCUGAUCAAGAUGAUUAAAAAGCCACCAAGUGAUGAACAGUUAAAAUCAGCUGUUAAAGACCUACUGAAAGAUGCAAACCUAGAGGAAGUGACGAUGAAGCAGAUUUGCCAACAGGUGUAUGACCUUUAUCCAGACUUUGACCUGACACCCAGGAAAGACUAUAUCAAGGAGACGGUGAAGAGUUUAAUAUCCUAACAGGAGGAAGCCAUUCUUUUUUCUUUUUUUUUGUGUGAAGAACAGUGUGCAGAGUUACAGAAGAGUGUGUAUAGUCAUCCUAUUUUCAUAAAUACAAUUGUUCAUUAUUUUGUCUUAUCAUAUUUUUUGCAGAAUUAUGAAAUGUUUUGUGCAUCCUUUUUGUAUAGCUUUAUAUUUGAGAAUACAUGGAUUUUGUAUAGUACCUGUACAUUAUAUAGUACAUAAGGUUUCAAAUGUACUAUAUAAAUACCCCACCCCCAGAAAACCCCAACAUUUUGCCCUAAAUUUUGAUGUACAUGUAUUUUUUACUAUUAGAGAAACAUCUUACUUUGAUCUAAAAAUGGUUGAGUGCUAAUUUUGUGUUUGAUCAAUGUACAGGUAUUUUGUUUUCCCCGUUUGUUUAGUGUGGUCUGCUUUUUUUGUGUUUUCUUUUUGUAGUUUACCUCUUUGUUAUUUAUUGCUUUUCUUAUUAUAGAAAUGGCGCAGGGAGAGAAAUCAAAUUUACACAACUUCCACCUGAUUACAAAUAUAGUUGAUCAGCCAAUAUGGUGUGCAAAGUUUUAUUUCUUCACUAGAGUAUUAGAAGCUUCUGACCAUUAAUUUAGAGUCAAGCAAGCUGAAAUCAUUACACUCUUUAAAUCCUAGCUUAUAGAGUUAUGUGACAUUUUAUUAAUAGUAAUUUACUAAAAUAAGCUGACAGAUGUCUAAAUAUCACAUUUGAAGGGGUUAAAAAAACAACCCACAAGUGAUUUGUGGAUCAAAUUGGUCAUCUGUUUGAUAUUAUCAUGGUUUAAGGCAAUGAUUUCAGAAUGUGAUUGGCCUACCUGAUCAAAUUAAGGUAAAGUGUAAAUUUGACUUCCCAGACCCUUCUGUUUUCUUUCUGUGUAUGAGAGAGAGCAUACUUGCAUAUGUUUGUUUGGUUUAUAUAUGUGACUUUUAUUUUCUUGGUGUGUUUUGAAUAUAGAUCAAUGAUUAAGUAUUUUCCUCUGCAGAUUGUUUACAAUACUUGUCUGACUUUCUGGUAUGAACAGGCAAAUAACUGCUCAACUAACAUCACAGAUGGAGUGCUAGUGUGUGAAUAUCCUUUCCCAUUCGUUUUUUAAAAUAAGCUGGUUUUUAUAUUUAACAGGACACAUUUUCAGUAGUAAACAAAUUAACUUUGGCUGGAAUUUGCUGCCAUGUGUAAUUCAAAAUUACAUUGUUUUUUUUUUUUUUUCUGGCUUAAUUUAGGUAUGCACUUCUUUACUGGGUAUGUGUAAAGAAUUGUCAUAACUGAAUCAAGGAAAUAAAAAGUUUUUUUAUUAAA